UGGUUGGUAUUAGAGUGGUGCACUUGAUGACAGACGAAAUAGAUGACAUUUAUACCCACGUGCUAACCUCAAAAUGGUAGAAGUAAACACAGAAGAGCCUUCGUUAUCAAAGACACCCACAAAGCCCCCAAAAAGGGGCAUAAUUUACCUAUCAACCAUCCCGCCGUACAUGAACGUGACUAGAAUUCGCGAAGUUUUCGGCGAAUUUGGUAAAAUUGGACGUGUUUAUUUGCAACUCGCAGACUCAGAAAUCAGAAAUGACAAAAAAUCGAAGAGAAAAGUGGCCAAGAAGUUCACGGAGGGCUGGGUGGAGUUUGAACGUAAAUCAGUAGCCAAAAAGGUUGCUCUUCUUUUAAAUAACACACAAGUCAGCACCCGAAAAAAAUCGAAACAGUACGACUGCAUUUGGAGCAUCAAGUAUUUGUCUAAUUUCAAGUGGACGCAUUUACACGAACGGUUAGCAUAUGAAAAGGCUGCUAGACGGCAGAAACUGCGUGCCGAGAUUCAGCUAGCGAAAAAGAAAACCACUUUCUUCACCGCAAAUUUGGAUAAGAAGAAGAAAGGAAAGACGAAUGUUAAUAAGGAGUUGGAGAAUAUUGAUGACAGUAAAGAGGCGCCAAUGGAGACAAAUGAAGAGGAUGAUCGAACAGAAUUCUUACAGUCACUGUUUUCAUAGCUAAUUUAUUACAUUUUUACACUUAAAA